AUGGGUCGCCUUCACAGCAAGGGCAAGGGUAUCUCUUCCUCCGCCAUCCCCUACUCGCGCACCCCUCCGGCCUGGCUCAAGACCACCCCGGAGCAGGUCGUCGACCAGAUCUGCAAGCUGGCCAGGAAGGGUGCUACUCCCUCUCAGAUCGGUGUCAUCUUGAGGGACAGCCACGGAAUCGCCCAGGUCAAGGUCGUCACUGAUUCUGCGUAUCCUGAAGUCCAACGGUACGAAGCGAGCCUCAAUUCCGAUCGCUGUAGCAGGAUGAAGAGAUGGAGCGAAAGCGAGGAUUGGAUGGGAUGUUCGCUCGCCGCUAAUCGCGAGUGGUCUCUGUUUCCUCUCCUCUCUGCCGCUUCAACUCGAAAUCCUAAAUUGAGUGUGCAAAAUCGCCUGCACAUCUCAAUCAUAUGCCUCUGCUUGGCUAGAUGCCUCGCUCCCGAGAUUCCCGAGGACCUUUACUUCCUGAUCAAGAAGGCUGUUGCCGUCCGCAAGCACCUUGAGCGCCACCGCAAGGACAAGGACAGCAAGUUCCGCCUCAUUUUGAUCGAGUCCCGUAUCCACCGUCUGUCCCGCUACUACAAGACCGUCGGUGUCCUGCCUCCCACCUGGCGGUACGAGAGCGCUACUGCCAGCACUCUGGUCGCAUAA